AUGGCACGCUGCGCUUCGGCAAGCUUGGCGUUCGCCACCCUCCCAAUCCUCGCCUCAGCCUUCGUGCAGCUUGCCGCCGAGGCGAAUACGGCUGUCGUAGCGGGCGGCGGCCCUGCUGGCCUGGCGACCGCUCUGAUUCUCGCUCAGCGCGGCUUCGACGUGACCGUGCUCGAGAAGCGGGCUGAACCGAACCCAUACGAGCCCCAGCGUGCAUAUCUUUACCUGGUUGACGGGCGCGGCCAGCGCUUCACCGACGCGGCAGGCCUCACCGAGGAGCUGGCGUCGCCGGCCACCUCGGUGUCGAGCCUCAACUACACGGUGACGCGCUGCCUGCCGGACGGCCAGCGCGAGGAGGCGGAGUCGGUGCCGCCCAUCCUCGAGCCGAGCGACCGGCCCUCGUACUGGAUCCCGCGCGCCCGCUUCCUCGCACUGCUCAACAGCGCUCUGCCGCCGACCGUCACGACGCGGUUCGGCGCAGAGCUGCGCGAGCUGCACCAGACGCCCGACGGCGGAGUCGAGGUGGUGGCCAGCUGCAGCGACGGCUCGGAGCUGCGCCUGACGCCGUCGCUGCUCGUCGGAGCGGACGGGCUGCAGUCGCUCGUGCGUCAAAGAUGCGGCGAGUGGAGCGGCGCAGCUGCCGAGUACACGCCGGUCGUGCUGCCGUCGCCGUCGAGCGGGCUGCGCUACCAGAUGAUCAAGAUGCCGCCUGACCUGCGCCUCGACCCGAAGAACGCCUCCCACCCAGUGUGGGCCCUCGGCUCGGCGGAGGAGGCGGCUUGCAUGCUUGCCGACUCGGGGACGGGCUUCCGGUUCGCUUCAUGCUGCGGGUGGUCUGGCCAGGCGGGGGUUGUGCUGGUGGGCGACGCCAUCCACGCCUUCCCGCCCGACAUUGGGCAGGGAGUCAACUCGGCGCUCUCGGAUGCCGCGUUGCCCGCCUACGAGGCUGCGGCCGCUCCGGAGGCGGAGGCGGUGGCGAGGAUCGCGCAGGUGGGCUUCCCUUACCAGUACCCAAUCACGCGCGAGAGGUCGCCGCUGCAAAAGGCCGGCUGGUUCGCAAACUUCCUGCUGCGCACGUUCGUGCUCUCCAAGCUGCUGCCCCGCCUCUUCUCGCCCGCCGCAAUCGUCCUCGUGCAGCGGCCGCAGCUGAGCUACGCGCAGGUGUGGCGCACGGCGCAACGGACCACGCGGCGGCUGCAGGGGCUCGGGCUGGCGGCGGCGCUGGCGGCGGCAUGGCCGUGGCUGCGCCCGCUCCGCACCGUUCCGCAUGUCAUGUGUUGUGACCCUUCGCUCCAUAUAUGGCUCUAA